AUGCUAUUAAAUUGGAUCUUUAGAAAGUAUCCCGAUCCUUUGGAUGUCGGGUUUUGGGGAAAGCCCACAUCUACGAUCGACUGGUGUGAGGAAAACUAUGUGGUAUCGCCAUUUGUGGCAGAGUGGUCUAAUACCAUCACCAACAGUGCUUUCGUGGCGUUAGCCAUGUAUGUAACCUGGUCUGCAUACUACCAACGGCUAGAAAAACGAUUUGUCAUGAUAGGAAUUGGUCUCGGAACAGUUGGAGUCGGAUCGUGGCUCUUCCAUAUGACUUUGCGGUAUGAAUACCAACUACUCGAUGAACUGCCCAUGAUCUAUGCCACUUGUAUCCCAGCGUGGAGUAUAUUUUCUGAAGAGAAGAGCGUUCUCGGGAACAGGCACCAGGUGCCGUCGAUGCUCAGACAAUUAGUAAUUGCAGCGAUAGUCUUCGGUGCUGCUGCCAUUCUGACAAUAGUGUACCUGGUGUAUCGGGACCCAACUAUCCACCAAACCGCUUACGCGAUUCUGAACGUGAUAGUGGUAUUUUCUGCAGGGUAUUUGGCAUCAAAGUACGUACAUGACCCCUUGGCGAAGAAAAACCUGCGCAACACCAUGACAUUGAGCAUUGUCAUUUUCCUGACUGGUUAUGCCUUGUGGCAACUGGACGUGCACUUCUGUUCGUUCUGGAUCUUCGUGCGCAGAAGGUUGUUACAUCUGCCUUUGGGGGUGUUUUUAGAAUUGCACUCCUGGUGGCAUCUGUUGACCGGCUCUGGAGUAUAUUUCUACAUUGUGCACCUGGAAUAUCUGCGGAUCUUGACGCACGGUCGGUCUGAGCAAUAUACCUUAGCUUGGAGGUGGAAGGUGUUCCCAGAGCUUAUCCAUUCUUCCCAUUCCAUCAACACCAAGUACUCUUUAGAGUUUCUCGGACCCUACAUCGAGCCCACCAAAACCUCGAAGCCGGAACACACAAAGAGCCAGUGA